UAUUUUUAUUAUCAUCAAGUACAGUUAGUUGAUUUUAAAAUUAAAUUUUAAUUAAUUUAAAUUUUUUUUUAUAAUUAUAAUUUUUUAUUAUCAUUAAAAAAUCAAUAGUUAUUUAUAUAUUUAUAUUUUAUAAUUAAUAUUUUUAUCAUAAAAUAUAAAAAGAGUGGGAUAUGGUUCGAAUAAAUUGUGACUACAUCCCAGCUUUCCCCAUUGUAUACUACAAAACAAAAGAGGAUUAUAAAAGAGAAACAAGUACAUUAUUCUUCUUAUUAUGGCCAUUAAUUGUAUGGAAAGAGAAACAUGGUCAAAAAUUAUUUGCAUUAUUAUACAUUUUAUUUAGAUUAACAUAUAAAGAACUUACUGAUACACAGUUUAUUGAUAUAUUAUGGCCAAUAAUACAUAUCGAAUACAGCCCAAAAGAAUUUAGAUUUGGUAUCAGACCGAUUAUGUGGGUUAUCUCUGGUGAUGGAAAGUUCAAAUUCUCGCUGUGUGGUAUAGUUAAUAUAUUUUCAAGUAAAGAUGGUGAAAGUGUUUGGUUUUCAAUAGCGCCUUUCAUUUGGUAUAGAUACGAUUAUGGCCGAGUAUUCUUUACAAUAUUUCCGAUUUUUUGGGUAACAAAGAAGGUUUCUCCAUCAGGCGACAAAUGGAUGUAUCUAUUAUUACCAGUUGGUCUUUUAAAGAAGCAGGAUGAUGGUUUCCUUUUGAAUAUUGCAUUUAUCAUUCAGUUUAUGGUGUACGAUAGUUUCUUCUCCUUCUUUAUUCUACCAUUCUUUAUUUAUCAUCAUGUAUAUAAUGAAAAAUUAAGAGUUAGUGUGGCCAUUUUAUUCUAUUAUUCAAAUAUAAUGAAGAAUCAGUUCAAGAGAUUUGUAAUUUUCCCAAUUCUAUGGUCAAGUUGGUCCAGCAAUAGUGUUACAUUCAACUUUUAUCCAGCAAUCAUUUAUAUGCGAAGAGGCGAGAAUAAAUUCAUAUCAAUUGCAAUGUUAUAUUAUUAUAGAGCCAUUUCAAAUAGUUAUAGAUUCCACUUUAUUCCAUUAAUAUUAUUGUAUCAAAAUUUUGUUGGCACCAAAAAGUUCUUAAAUGUAUGCUUACUUUUCAAUCAUAUAAAAUAUAGUUGCAUUAACUGGGUAAUCGUAUUUCCAAUAUUCUGGUUUAGAAAGAAAACUGGCUCAUCUUAUUGGUGGCACUUAUGGCCUAUUUUCGGAUACCGUAAAUCACAUUACGAUCAUGGAUAUAGUGUAUACUUUAUUUACCCAUUCAUCCAAUUCAAUAACUAUCAACAUGGUAGCGUCAAAUACUAUCACUUCUUUUAUAGGUUUAUUCACUAUUAUAAAAAUACUGAAAAAAAUCGUCUCAGACACGGCUUCCUCCCACUCUACGCUUACAGUACCUGCAAAGAAUAUGUAAAGGGUCAUGUUUUAUUGUAUGUUUGGUAUAAUCAUAAGAGUUAUAAAAAAGAAGUUAAAAUGAAUGAAAUCAAUAACAAGAGGGUAGAGGUCGAAGAAUCAAUCGACCAAAUACAGGCUAGUGAUAAUGAAACACCAGGAAAUGAAGAAAUAGAACCUAACUCAGUUAAUUUGGAAAAAAUUUCAGAUAAAAUACAAAAACCAAUACCUCCACCCCCACCACCAGUACCAGAAAAACCAGAAUAUGAAACCAUUAUGGAAUUCGAUUAUGUCUUUAAAUCAUUUUUACCAAUCACAUUUUACUGGAGAAAAGGAAAUAAUAGCCACUUCUUAUUAUUACCAUUAAUAUUAUUAUUCAAAUGGUCAUUGGUCGAAACUGAUAGUUAUAUUUUUGCCCCAUUAUUCUAUCAAAGAAGAUAUCAAAACUAUCUUAAAAGAUUUAUUAUUCCAAUUUUCUAUCAAAAGCACACAGAAGAUAAGGAUAUUGUAAUAUCUCCAAUUUAUUAUUAUUGGAGACGAUUAGGUAAUUCAUUUAGAUUAAUUGCGCCAAUUUUUGUCGAUGUCUACAAAGGAGAGACUCAUUUGGUAAUAUUGUUAUUGCCCACCUUUAUUUAUUACCGUAAAUCAAUUUUCAAGUUUACAACACUCUUCCCAUUCUUUUUUAGAACUCAAGAUGCAAGCAAGAAUGAAAUAUUCACCUAUUGGUUCCCAUUCUAUGGUAAAUCUUACAAAGGUUCAUCGGUCAAUCGUUACUUUUUAUUCCCAUUAUUCCGUAUCAAGAUUGGUAGAGAAACUAGAUCCUUUUGCCUUGAUGUUCUUUUCCCAUUAUUCCAUUAUGAAACUUGUGGUGAAGAUAAUAGCUAUUCAAUUCGUAUUCUACCAAUUCUAUGGAUGUCAAAGAACAACUUUAAUGAAAUGUUACUUAUUAUGCCAUUGUUUUGGAGAUUUAUUACUGACAAAGAUUCAAGACCUCAAAGAAAUACAUUAUUCCUUCCAUUCUACUUUUAUAGAGAUUCUGCCGAAUACGAAUUUAAAUUGGUUACACCAUGUUUCCUUCCACCAUAUUACAUCCACUAUCAUAGAGAGGCCAGCAAUGUCGAAAAUACCUACCUCCUUCCAUUCUAUUCUCAUCAAAUUAAAGGUCUAGAUCACUUGAAAUGGGUUUGUUGGUUCCUUUAUCGUCAUACAUACCGUGACUAUAGCGAAUACUUUACAAUGAAUGUUUUCCUAUUCUUCAAACAUAACAGUGAAAAAUACUCAAUUACUGGUUUUGCCCCACUUUGGGUAUAUUGGAAAAAUAAAGCCGAAAAUAGUAAACAUAUUAGGGUAUUGUUAUUGGUUGCAUAUGAUAAAGCUAAAUCAAAAUUAAGAGAGUUCAGUAGAUUAUCUAUUUUUUGGUUUGUUACAACUCACCUAACAUUGUUCUGUCGUCAAACACUUGUCAAGAAAACCAUCACCAAACAAGAGUCUAUUGCCGACUCAAUUAACCAAAUGGUACAAGAUGAGAUUACACCGGGUGCCUCAAAUAUUAAUGGUAAUGGUGAAGAUAUCGAUAGAUAUUCAAAAUUAGAAACUAUUACAGAUUCAUACAAAAUUUAUUUCUUCCUACUAUUCCAUCUCAAGACAGAUAAAGCUAAAGCAUAUUCACAUCUUGCAUUAUUCUGGUUCAUUAAACCAUAUAUUGCAUUGUUUUAUAAUAGCAAAAAAGCCGCUGAUAGAAUCUGUUUCUUCUUAUUUUUAUUCUGUUACAAAUAUGAUAUUUCAAAUGUUACAUUCGCUUUGUUCUGGCUUUUCCAUCCACUCGUUAGUCUAUUCCUUUAUGAAAAUACACCAUUCGCAACUAUUACAAGAUUCAUACCAUUCUUUUGGGUCCGUAGUGUACCAGAUGCAUCGAAACCACGUGAAAACGAUGAAUCAAUUGACGGCCGUAAACGUAGUAGCACUAGAGUCACAGUACGUUCAAUAGCAGUCAGCAUUUUAUAUUUCGUACCAAACUAUGGUUUAAUCAAUUACCAAAAAUCAAGCUAUCUCUUUUCAUUAUACUUUUUACCAAUUUGGUACUACAAAAACUCUACUGAACACAAUAUGUUACAAUUUAGCUUCCUUUGGUUCGUCUUUCCAUUUACCUCAUUGUUCAACUACACUAAAGUUGAUCACGAAAUCACGCAUAGACUAUUCCCAUUAUAUUAUAGAAUUACCACAGAUGAUAUAGAGAAAAAAGCAGGUUAUCGUAGUUUGUUCGCAUUGGUUUGGUUAGCUCAUCCAUAUAUUUCCUUUAUUAGAUAUGACAAUGAUUGCAAUAGUAAUGUAUUUUGCAUUUUCCCUCUAUUCUGGCGUAAAUAUGGUCAUUUAAAAGACGACUAUCAUUUAUCAAUUAUUUAUAUCGUUAGAAAAUUUGGCUUCAUCGACUAUUGGAAAUCAGAAUCACUCACUCGUUUCUAUAUUCUUUGCCUAUUCUUCUUCAACAAAGAAAAUGAAAAGAAGAGAAUCUCGAUUGUCUAUCUCAUUCAUCCAAGAGCUUCAUUUAUUUCGGCUAAAUUUGCACCAGACUAUAACAAAAUAUUUGUAUUCCUUGCUGUUUACCUCAAGAGCUCUGAUACUAGAGGUUUUAUCUGUUCAAUUAUUUGGAUUGCUCAUCCUAAAGUUUCAUUCAUCUCAUAUUGGAGCAAAAACCAAUACAGCCAUUUCCAUAUUUUCCUUUUGUUCUGGUUUUCUAAAAUUGAAGAAUAUUGUCAAGUUGGUAUAGUUUGGAUUGGUGCAUACAAAAAAUCAUUAUAUGGUAACCCAUACGUUAAUCAAUCAGUCCAAGAAAGUAAAAAAACACAUCAAAUCUAUUGUCCAAUAAGUUUAUUCCUUAGUUAUAAUGAUGGUGCAUAUAAGAAUGUUUAUUUCAUGCCAUUCUUUAGAUAUUGGUCCCAUGUACAAGCAGAAACCGAAAAACUAUGGGCUUUAUUAGGUUUAAUUUACUUUUCCUCAAAACAAAGAACAAGUGAAUUCCGUUGGUUCUAUAGAUGGAUUCGUAUCAAAUCGGGCUAUCAAACAUUUAUUGUCGAAGUCAAUCCAUUUAUUUCAUAUAAAAGAAAAAAUGAAAAUACAAAAGUUUUAAUUCUGGGUGGAAUGUGCGGUUGUUAUACCUCAAUGUGCAGAGUUUGUUGUAUAGAAUGUUAAAAAAAAAAAUAUAUAAAUAAAUAAAUAAAUAAUUGUAAUAUAGAAUAUUUAAUAUUUAAAUAUUAAAAUAAUU